UCCGCGCGGCGCUCGGCUCGGGUUACAGUCGAGGCUGGGCUGCCGCACACAUCGGAGCGCGGAGCAUUGCAGACAGAGGGGGUUAAAAAAAACAACAUACCGGCUCGGAAAUGUCGGCGAGCUGAUUUAGAGCCACCUUGAGAGGGCUGGAGAGAGCAAGUGUAAUCUCGCCCCCCCACCACCACCCCCUGGACUUUUUUUUUCUUUUGUUUUGUUUUUUUGUUUAUUUUAUUUGAAGGAGGAGGCGCACUGUGCAUUUACGCACCGGCCACGCAGAAGCAGCAGCAGCAGCGGCAGCAGGAGCAGCGGCAUGCCCGAGUUGGACUAGAGAGCCCGGAGCGCAACACGCUGAGAGCCGGGAGGGAUCUUUACAAUAGAACCCCGGUGAGGAAGAAUAGCGCAGGAGGAGGACUGAAAGACAACACUGGAAUGAAGUGGACCUCGGGAUUCCUGGCGUGCUGCGGAGUUGUGACUGAUGGAUGAAUGUGGUCAUCUGUAGGCUAUAUCCAGCGACAGGUACCCGCUCCGGCUCCGGCCACCGCCGCAGCGCCUCUCCGUCUCCGCCGACCUGCGCUCACACCGGAUCUUACCGCCGAGUUUUCUCCAUAAAGGGAGGAACGCGGGGGGGGGGGAAGCGGUCCCUCUCGCCCCGCAGCCACAGGUCACACAGGACACUCGGUCCGCCCCGGUGCGGAGCCCAUCGAGACCCCGGGGUUCACUGCGCGCGUCCCGCGGUCAGUUCAGUCAAGGACACGGGGUCUGGAGCGGACUGAGAGGGGUCGGACAGAGGGACAUGUAUCUGAUAUCGACCUCACAUGCUCCUGACUGAUCGUAGCUCACCUUCCCACCGGGCGACACGCACGUAGAGCGGCUGCCCGCCGCGCUGUCCACCGCUCCGCGCUAUCGGCUCACUGUCUGUUCAUUUGUCACGAUGGCGGGACUCGGCUGUUGGAAGUAUUACCUCUGGAUCUUUAUACUAAUGUGCAGGUCGGCGCUACCUUCGGCCAAGUCGCUGGAGACUAUCAUCUGGAGCUCGCAAAAUCCCAAGUUUGUGGCUGGGAAAGGCCUGGUGAUCUACCCAGACAUUGGGGACAAGCUGGACAUCAUUUGUCCCAAGGCGGACCAAGGACGAGAUUAUGAGUACUACAAGCUGUAUCUGGUGAAGAGGGAGCAGGCGGAGAGCUGCAGUACGGUCCUCGACCCAAACGUCUUGGUCAACUGCAACAAGCCCGAGAAGGACAUCAAGUUCACCAUCAAAUUCCAGGAGUUCAGCCCCAACUACAUGGGCCUGGAGUUCAAGAGGAACGUCAACUACUACAUCACCUCGACCUCCAACGGCACGGUCGAGGGCCUGGAGAACCGGGAGGGGGGCGUGUGCAAGAGCCGAGCCAUGAAAGUCAUCAUGAAAGUCGGGCAAGUCCCCAACGCGGCGAACCCCGCCGUGCCCGACGCCCCGGAGGACAACGCCAUACCGGAGUCCAGCCCCAGUCCGCCGGACCAGGGACGGAUCGGGCCCGAAGUGCCAGGAAACCCAGAUUCCAUCAAUCAGGACCAGUCUGGCUCCUCGGCCAGCUCGGACGGCAUCCUCAGCUCCAAAGUGGCCGUGUUCUCCGCCAUCGCGGCCGGCUGCAUCAUCUUCCUCCUGCUCAUCCUCCUCCUCGUCAUCCUCCUCAUCAAGAUGCGCAAGCGCGCGAGGAAAAACAGCCACUCGCAGCCCCGCCCCUCGGCGCUGUCGCUGAGCACCCUGUCCAACCCCAAGCUGCCGGGCGGCACGGCGGGCACGGAGCCCAGCGAUAUCAUCAUUCCUCUGCGGACAGAGAACAACUACUGCCCUCACUACGAGAAGGUGAGCGGCGACUACGGCCACCCGGUCUACAUCGUCCAGGAGAUGCCGCCGCAGAGCCCCGCCAACAUUUACUACAAAGUCUGACGCGCCGCCGUGCCGCCGGUGACACGGCCGGGAGGAAGAGCGGAGAAGAGGAGCGCUUGAUUUACGUUCUUGGGAAGAACACUUUCCUUUGCAUUUU